AUGUCUGGGAUCCUUCAGACCAUGAACAGAUAUGGACAACUCACUAUUCUUCGGAGCACAGCUGAGCAGGACUGCUUGGCAGUAGAGGGGGUUCGGACCCCAGUGUUAUUUGGUUACAACAUGCAAUCUGGCUGUAAACUAAGACUGACCAGCACUAUCCCGUGUCCACUUGUUGCGGAGAAGGUGAAGAGCCUGCUGAAGGGCCAGGGCUUCCCGGAUUAUGUGGCCUCUUUUGGAAAUUCUCAGGCCCAGGACGUGCUGGACUGGGUGCCCAUCCACUUCAUCACCCAGGCACCCCACAUGAAGGAUGUCUGCCAGCUCCCGCUGGCUUUGGUUAUAGAAGUGAAGUGGACGAAGUACGGAUCCUUACUGAACCCACAGGCUAAAAUAGUCAACGUAACUGCAAAUCUAAUUUCAUCCUCUUAUCCUAAGACCGACUCAGGAGAAGAAAGGACGAUUCUGAUUUCCACUGCGGUUACUUUUGUGGAUGUGUCUGCACCGGCGGAGGCAGGCUUCAGAGCUCGGCCAACCAUCAAUGCCAAGCUGCCCUUCAAUUUCUUCUUCCCAUUUGUUUGA